UCAGAGAUAUCUCAUUCUAUUGUUGGGUUAUUCAAAUAAUGAAGUCUUGAUCUCAAUAACGAACAAUUAAUUUAUUUAAUAUAUUUCCUUUCCUCCUGUUUGAGAUUUUGAAUCCGUUUCUUACUUUCUCCCUUCAAAACUACUAUACAUUCUUCACGGUCUUUCUUAAAAUUCUACAAACAGCUACAACUAUACAAUCUUACCUACUAAGUUACAAACUUACUACUUACAUACUUUGAAAGUAUUUCGAAACUCCUUUAUCAACUGCAGGCAGUUUAAUAUCACACUUCCUUGCCCCAAUUGUAAGUUCUUUCUUUCCAUCAUCUUGGAUACCACUCAAGACACUUGGCUAACACACUUUUAGACUCGAAACUUAUAUUCGUUCUUUAACAUAAGACAAUCACCAUGUUAAAUAUCAAGCAAGCAGGUCGAGGCUUCCUUAUCCUUAACGCCAUUCGCGUCAUGAAUAUAAUAACACUCCUCGAUGUUGUCGCAGCCAGCUGGAUUAUGCUCGUCAUGACCGUCAAGACCUCUAAUGUAAGUCCCUUUACCCCUUCCCACAUCAAAAAAAUACUAACAUCUCAUCUAGUUCUACUUCUUCGACGGUGUCUCUCAUUUCAUAACCAGCAGCAUCGGUAUCUUCCUCAUUGUCUCCGAACUGUCACUCUUCAAAAAAUACUUUGAAACCUUCUGGCCCCUUCUCUGUCCCCACAACGGUUUCCUUUUCCUCGGUCUUUCCAUGUUAGCCCUAGGUUUUAACAUACUCGGUAACUUGAAUAAGAACGCUACUUCUGUUCAAAACUUAGGUUUACCUAUGUGGCGUGUGGUUAUCUCUUCCGGAUGUCUUUCGGCUAUUUUGGGGGCCAUUAACUGUAUUGCUGUAAGUUUUCUUUCCUCCCCCUACCCUCUUAUAUACAACUUACUAAUGAUAAUCCUAGUCCGUAGUCUUCACCACCAAAGACAAAACAGCGCGUCAAAUCCGCACUCACGGCGCCACCACUCCCCCAAACCCCUACGAAAAACGUCUUUCUCUUCCCGCCUCCCUCAACCAAGACCUCCCUUCCUACUACAGCAAUCCCGCCGAACGCCGUAAAUCACGUUUCCCAUUCCGUCUUCCUCUCCGCGGUUCCCUGAUUUCCAAACCCGUAAUUUCAGAACCUAAACCUUUCCAUCCUGAUUUAGAAGAGGGACACAGUUACGAUCAUCAAACUCCCCAAGUUAGCGAUAGAUCCUCACCUAUUGUUCCCGGUGUGGAGAGACCACCCACGGCUAUGCAUCCUGCGCAUUUGAGACCGCCUCCGGCUCCUAGGAGUAGCGUUUAUAGUGUUGCGAGUAACGUCACUAGAUUUACUAGGUUCUAGGGGGUGAGAACCUGGAUUCAGUAGUGCGUAGCGGUGUGGAGUGUUUUAAAAGUAUUGGAUUGCGCUGCUUCUUGAGCGUGGAGUUUGCAUGCGUACAUGCAUGGAUGGAUGGAUUUAUGUAUGGAAUGUAUUUACUCGGGCGUUUACAGUCAUGGGAUGGGAGUUUAAUGGAUGGAUGGAUAGGAUGCAUGAAUAUGAUAUGCUAUGAUUUGAUGCAUGAAUAGGAUGGAUGGAUGGAUAGGAUAGGAUAGGAAAUACCCAAUGAUCUAU